CAGCAUUCUGACAGUCUUUGUUUUCUAAGUGGGUAAGAGCCUGGUGGAGGGUGGAGGAAAUGGCAUCGUCCGUGGAGCAGACGGUAUGCAAACUGGAGCGGGUCAAAUGUGUUGGGGAGAUUGGAUUUGAUAUGGUAUAUGAUUAACCUCUCAAAGCACUUCAUCAUGAUUGGGGUCAGUGUUAUGGGACGAUAGUCAUUCAGGCAGGGCACAGGUGACUCCUUUGGUACUGGUAUGAUGGUGGUGGACUUGAGACAUGUGGGGACAACCAGUGAGAUGUUAAAGAUGUCUGUUGCAUUUUAAACCGUGCAUAAAACUCAUUGAGUGUAUCUGGGAGGGAUGUGUCAUCAUCACAGGCCUGUGGCAGGGGCUUGUAGUCUGUGAUGGUCUGAAUAGCUUGCCACAGACUCCAUGUGUCUUUGCUGUCAGUAAAGUGAUUAUUGAUUUUUUGUGCAUACAACCGUUUUGUUUUCUUGAUGCCACGGUACAGGUUGACUCUUGCUGUUUUGAGGACUGCUUUGUUUCAUCUCGGGUCUUUAGCAGCCCAAGAACCUCUGUUGUCAUCCAUGGCUUCUGGUUUGCACGUGUGGUGAUGUUCUCGGUGACUGUCACAUCAUUAGUGCACUUUUUGAUGUAAGCAGUCACUGUUUCAGUGUACUCUUGCAGGUCUGUGUGGUCAUGAUAGUUGGCUGCCUCUUUAAACAUGUUCCAGUCUGUGUCCUGGCGCUUGUAUAAGGUCAAAUGUGUAUUUUAUGUGCUGUAAAUAGUCAUCAUUUCUUUUGUUUUUACAUUUUUAGCCUUUUCAAUUAAUUUAUGAAGACAUACAAAUAAACAAAAUGUCCAUGUCAACUACAUUUAUGCAUUAUAAAGGAAAAUAUAGCAUGUUGUUUAAAAUUUAAGUAGGUGACCCAAUUAGCCUACCAUGUCAUGCAAUGUCCUUUCACCAAAGCCUGAUCGAUUGUGUUCCAGCUGUGUUCUCCCCCCACCCCCACCCCACCCCCGUUUUCACUGACUUCGAUAUAUGAAGUCAUUACAUCAGAAUCAGAUGGGUAUUGGGUGACAGAAAGCCCUGGCAGCAUUAGACUUGUUUCACUCAGCUGCUCAAGCCUGGAGAAGAAACAUCUGCUUGUGAAAGGAUGCACUUUUGAAUAUAUUUCUUCAGAAGAUCUUUCAUUCUUCAGAUUACAGGAACUUUAAAAACUAAUUUUAAACAGACCCAAACAGCUACAAGGAUCACAUGCCCAAAUCAGAGCUUAAAAAAAAAACAUUUUCAGGAAUUGCAAGGGAGGCAUUAACAGAGUUACGCAGCUAAAUACUGAUAGUGUGGCAAGUAUAAGAGAUGGAAAGAUACUUCACACCUGUGCGUGGCUCCUCAGAGGAUGAGGUGAAAAUUUACAAACAUUACCGUCCCAUACCUCAACAGCAUCCUCACAACCAUUAUCACCACCAUGGCUCACACAGUCAAAGCUCUUCAAGCGGUCAUGGAAAACACAGUGAUAAACAUACUUACCAUCACCACGACAACCAGCAUCACUUUUAUCAUCCCGCAAACCCUAAAAUGUCUGGAGACCAUCACAGCUUCUCUAAAAGGUCUUCCUCCAGCCUGUCCUCUUCCACUUCUUCAUCUGCAUCUUGGACCUCAGAGCCCAGUCUGGAUGAUGAGACGUAUCUCAUGCACAAACCCCAGCAUUCCCUGUCCUGCUCCAACAUCCCUGAGGUUCGAAGGAAAAGCCACAGAGAUCACAGAGAUCAGAGGCACCGCCACAGCCUAGAAAAUGUCGUCGAACUGCUGCCUGGUUCACAGCAUGAACAUCAGAUGCCAAAACUCUCCCGGGGCCACAGCAAAAGCGAGGAGGCCCUUCAACAAAACAAGCACAAACAUGAUUACUCAGAAGGAUCUCACUCCAUGCAUCAUGGGCCACUUUACAAGACUGCAAGCCUGGGACAAAGCCUUGCCUUUGGUGGCAACACUCUAGGUGGCAGGGUGGUUCCCAAGAAGGCUGUUUCAACCUUUCAGCUACCCAGCAAAGGUAUUCUGAAAAACAAAUAUGAUGGACAGAAAGAAGGAAACUUCAGGAAAGCAAAGUCUAUGGAGGUGCUCUCCACCAGGGUGCACGUCACAGGAACAUCCAAGCAGAUCUCUACGGAAGCUGCAAAGGAUAACUUUAUGAAAGGGAAGCUACAGUUCUCUGCAUUUCUGGACGAGAUCACCAAGCAGGUUAUCAGUCCCUGUGCUCUUAGCUCUUUUGGUGUAAACACAUCAACGCCACCAAAAUCACCCAGUGAAGAGCGCAAGAACCGCAGCAGCAAGCAGGAGAGCUUUGUGCCAUCACCAAAACAGCAGCCCAUCAGAACCGAGAGACGUGAUUCAGAAAAAAACGAUUCAAGCUCACUUUCUCGAUCACAUAAGAGACCGAGCAAAUACCACAACCGAAACCUGACCAGUCCUCCACCCACGCCCCACCACCCUUCUAAAGCUGAAAGACAAGGGGCUGCUUCAGGUAAACAGCACCACAGGCAAUAUUCUCAGAUGCUCACUGAUGGUACCAGCACCAGCCCAGAAACUGUCCACACCAACCUCUCUAAACACAAAGAGCGACAUCAAAGUAGUCAUGGCCCUUUCAGACACAUUCAUACCAAGCAGGAGAAGGGUUCACCGCCACAUUUGCGAGCCGCAGGGCUGGAAUCAGAGUCUCAGUCGAGUAAAUCAUCCACCAGUGGUAGUUCAGAGAAAAGUGACAGACCCAAACACAUGGGACACAGGAGGCAGUCCAAACCACACAGGGAUUCAUCUGGUUCCAUGGACAGAGUUCAGAUGCUGGAGGAGUACAACAAAGAGCUACAUGAGAACCUGUUGCAGACGGUGGCAUGCAUUGAGAACAUGGAGGCAGAAUUGCAGUGUACCAAGACAGAGUUAGUCAGCUUCAAAGAGAAAUACAGAAGGCUUCAGGAAAGCUAUUCUGUUUCUCAGCAGGCAAACAGUGUCUUGGAGCAGAAACUCAAAUCUGCGAUAGACAGCUUGGAAUCUGAGAGGAAGUUCCUCAUGCAGAGAGUUGCAGAUGUGACUAAACAGCUGGAUAUUGCUCAGAAGACCAUCAACUCUCUGGAAAACGUCAAUGUUCCCUCGUUCAUUAAAGAGUUGUUGAGAAAUCACUUUGAUUCUCGGGAAGCACUGGAGCACUUCUUAUGUCCUCGAACAUCUCCACGCAAACCUGAUAUUGACCAAUCAGAGAGGGCGCAGGAGGUCAGAAACAACCAACCAUCUGGUGGAAAAGAGGAAGUAUUUGAAUGGCCACAGACUGGACACACAUGUUCAGGUGCCAGACAACUGUCUGCCACAGCCUUUCUGCCAUGGAAACAUGAUCAUGAUCCAUGGGCAGGGCCAGGACAACUCAUGGCUAAAGGAAGUGAUUCACAACUUCCUUUUUCUUUUGAUGAUGAUGUGCCAAUCCACAAAACAAUGGCAGAUACAAAGGCCCCAAGUCAUCAAGUGCAUCAAUUAGCCAUUAACACAGAGAUCCAAUUAAUUCCCCCAAACCCAUAUAAUUUAGAUGAGAUGAGGUUCAGCAGAAAGACAGGUGGAGAGGGAAGUAUCACUGUGGGGAAAGAGCCCACUGAUGUCAGCUAUCUUACUGCUCAUAGGAUGCUGAAUGAGUUUUUGAACCAGAUUCCUCCUCCAGCGCAUGAUGGUGAAGGGAAAGAUAGCUUAUAAGCAGAACUAUAACAAAAGGAAAGCAGUAACAUUUAAUUUGACAUCUUUUUGGUAAACUGUAUAGGAACUGGAUAAAAACCUCAAUAACGUCUCCCAUUACCAAUAUUGCAGCAAGGAUGCAAAUAACUGUGGCUCUGAUGGCUCUUUAUUGGUAGUUGUGAAAUACACUUGAUUUCUAGCUUUACAAGUAUAAUUGCUGUAUGCAUAUAAGUAUGUAGAUACGGUAUACCAUCUGGUUUUGUGCUAUAUCCAUUAAAACUUUUAGUUUUCUGGUUUCCUGCUUUCAUUUGUAGUUCAGUACAUUUGCAAAAGGCAUCCUUUGUAUUUGUGUUUUAUGCCUGUUUGCACUUUUUGCCGUGCAUAUUGUGAAAUAUUUAAGGUUAGCAAUAAAAUUGUAUAAUUCGAUAUUCAUUUUUUUAUUGCUAACCAAAAUUACUGUCAAUUUGUUUUGGAAAAGUAUGGCACUCUCAUUCUUCUGUCUUUGGGUGCUCAAUGUCUGCCUGUAUAAAAUUAAAAAUUAAACUGUAGAGUGAAUAGCACUUCUAUGAAAUGUGUAAAUGAACUGAGACAAUGUUCAUGUGGUUAUUUAUUGUAUAAAUUACAUUUAGGGAAAUUUGAAUUGUUGUUUUUGUGAAAUCUAUAUGUGUAACUAUAUGUAUAUGUAUAGAAUAUAAGUUAUAGUUUCUGCUAGAAAUCAAAUAAGCCAUAUAACCAUAUAUAUUUAAUAUAGAAUAUCCUUGUAUUUUUAUUCCA